AUGUUUGAAAAGGAAAGUGACAAAAUAGACCAAGCUCAACAGCUCUUGGAGCAGGGUGUCGAUUUGGAAGAUGCUUGGGCCACAUUGUGUCCUGAAACGGAGAAACAGCGUCAUGAAUGUAUCGAACUAAUGAAGAAUAACAUCCUUCCUGAUGAAGAUGAUUCUGACACGCUUAUUCCAGAUCUUGUAGCGAACCCUCGAACUGCAUUCACAAUUGAGACCAGCAAUGCUACAAUGUCUAGAGAUGAAGCAUUGUCUUUACUAAGAUCAUUAAACACUAAACAAUCUGCAAUAUUUUACAAAGUUCGCAAAUGGUGUCUACAAAAACUGCUUGGAGAGAACCCUGAACCAUUUCGCUUGUUUGUUACUGGUGGAGCAGGCACAGGAAAAAGCCAUUUAAUCAAAGCAAUCUACUAUGAAUCUUCUAGGCUCUUAUCCCAGCUGUCUGAAAAGCCUGAUGAUAGGUGUGUGAUUUUAUGUGCAUCAACUGGAGUAGCAGCAUUCAACAUUGGCGCUGCCACUAUCCACAACACUUUUUCAAUUGGUGCUAAUGUCAAACUGCCGUAUCAACCUCUAAGUGAUGACAAAAUCAAUUCUCUUCGUUCCAAAAUGGGGUGUUUGCAGAUUUUGAUUAUGGAUGAAGUAUCCAUGGUUGACCAUCACAUUUUGUCAUAUGUUCAUGGGAGAUUGAGACAAAUCAAACAAACUGGUGACUACUCCCUCUUUGGUAAAGUAAGUCUUGUAGCUGUUGGAGAUUUUUAUCAGCUGCCACCUGUUAAGGGAACUCCACUCUAUGCUGAUACAAAAGGAGUGAACCUUUGGGACAAUAACUUUGAAAUUGCUGAAUUAACUCAAGUUGUUAGACAACAAGAUGUAUCUUUUGCUGAAACCUUAAAUCGUCUGAGAGUUCGUAAAAAAAAUGAACCUCUAAGCUCAAGUGACAUCAACAUGUUGAAGCAACGUGAAACGGGAGAAGAAUGCAGUGAUGUUCAUAUAUUUCCUACAAAUGAAGAGGUUGAUAAAUACAACAUUCAAAGACUAAAUGAGGUUUGUCCUGACGCAAUCAUUAUUCGAGCUCAAGAUUUUGUGAGAAAUCCAAAAACUGGAAGGAUUGAAGCAAAAGUUGGAUUUCAUACAAGAGUUUUCAACUCCUGUUUGGAUAAAUGUGUUUCCUUGGGUGUUGGAGCAAGAGUUAUGUUAAAGAAAAACGUUGAUGUUUCUGAUGGACUUGUCAAUGGAGCCUUUGGUACAGUUGUCCACAUCAGCAGAAGUCAAAAACAGCCAGAUGAGGAUGAUGUUGAUGAUGAUUUUCCAUCAGCUAUUCAUGUGGAAUUUGAUGAUCCAAAUGUGGGUAAAAUUCAGAGAUCCAAACAACGACACACAUUUUCCCGAAAUUCUACUGUAAUCGAAGUGCAAGAAGAUCAAGUCACAAAUGACGGUGGUUUAAGACGUCAAUUUCCACUUAGAUUGGCAUGGGCAUGCACUGUUCACAAAGUGCAAGGACUCACAGUAGAUAAAGCUGUCAUAUCGCUUGAGAAGAUCUUUACUUCAGGACAAGCAUAUGUUGCAGUGAGUCGUGUGAGGACUCUCAAUGGACUAAUAAUUCAAAACUUCAAGGAGUCUGCCAUAUACUGUAAUGAUAAAAUUGAGUUGGCAAUGAAAUGCAUGCCAAAAUUUCCAUUGGAAAAUUACAGUUUCACCAAGACACCUGGUAUAUUUACAAUUGCUCUUCAUAAUGUACAAAGUCUUCAAGCUCAUGUUCAAGAUAUUCAAGCUCACAGACAACUUAUGAAUGCAGAUUGUAUUUGUUUAACUGAAACAUGGCUAAAAGUUGAAGAUGAAGUGCAGAUACCGGGAUUUAUCUUCAAGCAUAAUCCAAGAGCUAGAUGCUAUGACAACAGUACUCCACUUUUCACCAAUUUAAAACAACAGCGAGGAGGUGGAGUUGCACUUUACUCUUGUGAAAACCUACUUGCUCAUGUUGUCAUUCCAGAACCUUGCAAUUUGGAAUGUCUAUACUUCUCAGUUCCACAUAUCAGUUUGAAUGCUGCUCUGCUAUACAGGCCUAAUUCAUAUCAAAUUGACAUGUUUCGACAAAAUAUGUUACAUGUCAUUGCUGAGCUGGAAAAACAUCCAGGAAAGAAAGCAAUUAUGGGGGACUUCAAUGAGGAUAUCUUAACAACAUCUUCAAUUGCGACGUUAAUGGAACUCCAUGGAUACAAUCAAUAUGUGCAAUAUCCUACAACUGAAAAAGGCAUAUUAAUAGACCAUGUCUACAUAAAAGAUGCAGAGCAUGUUACAAUUGAAAUGGUUUCAACAUAUUACAGUUAUCAUGAAGCAGUACUAGUUUCAGUAGGGUAAUAUAUUGAUGUUUCUGAUGCAAUUUAACUGCAUUCUUUUCUUUUCUCUGUCCCUACCAUGCUACACUCACUCUGAGAUUGAGAUCCCCAAAGUCCUGUACAAGUUUGCAAAUAGAAAAGGUACGUUAUUAGACUAUCGGACUGUUCAAUAUUUGUUUUUGUUUUUUUGAAGAUGUACUAGUGUUCAAAACUGUUCAAAACAAAACUCAAGUAAGGUAAUAUAUCUGAAUGAUGCAACACACUGAACUGAGAAAAAUCUUCUCUUCUUUUUUUUUUUUUUUUUUUUUUUUUUGUCCAUACCAUGUCACACCCAUCUCGAGAUUCUAAGUUCCACGGAGUCCUGGCCAUUCCAUACCAAGUUCUAUUUAAUGACCGUCAUGCACAAUCCUACAUCUCCCAUAACUGCUCUUCUUUCUGGAGCUCCAAAGCUCGUCCAGCCAAGCUAAAGCCAUCCAAACACUGGAUGCUUCCAAACAGCAUAGGAAGCAUUCAUAAAGACUGCCUGCAUUCCUCCAGUUGUUUCAUAACAACGCAAUGAAGUUAAUAUAACUACAUGAAAACAUGUAGAACAUGUAGAAACAUGUAGAAAAGCUCACAUAAAAUUCACUGAAUAAGCUUAUACAAAAAUAUCCACUACUGACAAACGAUUUCUGUACUGAAGCCAUAACUUCCUCCUAUGUACCUAUGAGAUUGUUCUCCAUGAAUUGUUUUUAUACAGUAGCACACAACUGAUAAAAAGAUUUAUGCAACAAAUCAAUGUUUCCAAGGUCCACAAAUGCUUAAAUAUCCACUACUGGCAAAAAGAUUUCUAAAAUGAACUGAAGUCAUAACUUCCUCCAUAUACCCAUGACAAGAUUCUCUGCUCCAUGAACUCCUAUAAAUAAGCACACAACUCCUAAAAGUACACUUUCAGAUGUGUGCAACAACUCUACUACUGUUAUUCUGAAGUCUACAAACCCCUAUACAAAUGUCCACUACUGACAAAAAGAUCAAUCUACUAAUGGUACACUUUCGGAUGUGUGCAACACAAUAACUAAUAUAUAUAUUCUGAGGUCCAAAAACUUCUAAAAUGUCCACUACUAACAAAAAGAUUCCUGAAAUGCACUGAAGCCAUUACUUCUCCAUAUACCAUCAUAAGAUUCUUUGCUCCAUUAACUCCUAUAAAGAAUUGUAGAAAUGAUUAAAAAGGUAUUGUACAAUUUAAUAUAUUCCAAGUUGUUACUGAAAACAUAUAAUUUUGUGAUAACUUUUAUUUAUUGCUUUCCCCUUUUACUAAUCAACCGCAACGUCAACUUUCAAUUCACAAAAUAUCCUAAAAGAACUCUAAACUGAUGCAGGCAGUCAACAGGCAGUGAUAUUAUUUUAAAAAUGAAUACAUAAUCUCCACAGUAACAAUGUUGAAUGAAUGGCAUGUACUAUAUUUGGCCUAUGAAUACUUGCUUAAAUAUGUGCCAGCCAAAGGAGGAUGGCCUGCCCCUGCUGAGUCUGGUUCCUCUCAAGGUUUCUUCCAUUACCACUCUGCUGAUUAUGCUCCACAACUGUCCAUAAUGUCUCAUUUUGCCCAUGAUGUACCACAUUACUAUCUACGGGAGUUUUUCCUUGCCACUGUCGCCUUUUGGCUUGCUCACUGGGAUUUAAGGCACAAUAUUUUCAAAGAAAAUUGAAUAAAAAUUGUAAAUGUG